AUGGUGAACGCCCAGUUGCCUCCGCCGGAGCCCGACCUCCCCGAGAUACUGGUUGUGGGCGCGGAGCAGGUGGGCAAGUCCACGCUCGUCAGGUCCCUCAUCUCCUCGCCAGACGGCACCCACGCCUCCCCUCCCGUCUGGCACAUCCGCACGAAGUACUACACCGCGCGGGCCGCCCUGCGCGCUGCCCGGAUCGACGCCGCCGACUCAUCGACCGCCGCGGUCCCCGAGGCGAUCCUGAUGGUGAUCGACGCGACGAGGGAGUCGACAUUUUUGUCUUUGCGCCCCUGGGUGGGAUCUCCUGCUGGAGAUCGCGCGGCUGUUGUUCUGCUGGUGGCCAACAAGAUGGACGCGGUGAGAGAGGAGAGGCCAGACUGGCUGGAUGCCGCCGCGGAGUGGGCCGGCCGGGAGAUGGUCGAGUACGUGGAGGUGUCAGCGGGGGACGGGGAGAUUGACGCGGGGCUGGAGCGGUGGGGGGAGGGGCAGGGGAUGGAUCGCGUUCGGUCUGCACUGCAGGCGCACAUGUGGCCAGGGAUGGAGAUGGCGCCGCGGCAGGGUUUGGCGCCGAUCGGGGGAGAGGGGGGAUCGGGGAUUGGGGGCGAGGGGGAGGGGGACGCGCUGGAGGAGUUUGAGAGGAUGCUGAGGGAGGAUGCGGAAGAGGGGGAAGGGGAAGGGGAGAGGGCGCGGGGUGAGCCGCUGGGGAGAGGGCACGUGGAGGGGGAGGAGGCGCUGGAUGCGUUCGAGAGGCUGCUGGAGGAGGGGCUGUCAGGCAUGCGGGAGCGCAUUGCCCAGCUUCCAGAUGCUGAGCGCAGAGAUGCAGCAGCAAAAGUGGCCCUGCGGCUGGCCGAGAUGCUUGAUGACGAUUCUGAUGGUGCCUGA